CACAGAAGGACAGAAGGUCCGCGGAGGACAUGGACCUCUCUCUUUGCAAAUGAUGCUAAAGUAGCUCGUGUAGAAACCAGCCGUCGGUCAGAGUCCUGCAGUCAAACAUCUCUGAGGAACAGCAGAGACGCUGGAAGCAGCAGCAGUUUUGAUCCUGUAGAUCGGCAUGUCAGCGAUGGGACGUUUCCUCGUCUUCCUUCUGUCCUUCCUGCUUCAUUUUAACCCCUCGCUGGCUUACUCACUAAAAAACUGCACUGCUGCUUUUGCUGUUAACGUGAUCAGGGUGGAAUGCACACAUCGUGGCCUCGCUGCUGUUCCAGAUGACAUCCCCAAAAAUGCAACGUCUCUAGAUCUCAGCUCUAAUCGCAUUCUAAAGAUAAACAGGACAGACUUAAGCAGCUUAGCAAAGCUCACAUCUUUAAAUACUGAAAAUAACCACCUGGCACAUGUAGAUAAUGGAGCUUUUGCAGGCUUGCCGUUAAUGGAGCUUAAAAUGGGUUCGAACAAACUCACAAACCUGACAGACAACAUGUUUCAGGGCCUGUGGACAUUAAUUUAUCUGUCUGCGGAGAAAAACCAUCUUGCAUACAUCUCCCCGCUGGCCUUUCAGCCCCUGAUCAGCUUACAGAACGUAGUGCUGAAUUACAACCGACUACAUCAAAUGAGCAAUAUCGUGCCAAUCUUACAACUACCAAACUUAAAGGAGCUGUACCUCGAUUUUAACCACUUCACCUCCAUUCAGUCAGAUGACCUGCCUUUUAACAAAUCAAACCUCAGGACACUGAUGAUGAUCGGUAAUAUACUGACAAAGUUCAGCAUUAGAAGAGACAUUUUUCCUCAUCUUCAGUCCAUCUUUAUGAGUACCGGGACUGACUUUGAGUGGGAUGUACCAGACGCGACCUUUCUGAGGAGCCUAACUGCUUUGGAUUUAUUUGGUUUUGAUAGUGGUAGUGAUACGUACAGAAUGAUGCUGAAGAGUGCUGAGUCGGUGAGGGAACUGUCAAUGAGUGUUAUGAAGAAUCAGCUAGAUGAAGAUCUGGUAGACAUCGCCUGCCAACUUCCUACUCUGACAAGUCUUGAAUUGAGCAACAAUAAUGUUAACAGCAUAAACAACACAUUCCUGCAGUCCUGCUCCCAACUUAUUGAGCUGGAUUUAUCAUAUAAUUCUCUGGAAGAGCUGUCUGAGUUUUCACUCAGCUCUAUGAAACAGCUCAGACGUCUGGACUUAAAUACAAACUUCCUGUCUAGGGUGCCACCCGCCCUCAAAAGCCUCUCCACGCUUGAAAUACUAGAUCUGAGUGUUAACUUCAUCAGUGAGUUAGGUUGCUCUGAUUUUCUAAACUUGACAAGAUUAACGACACUAGAUCUCAACCAGAAUCGCAUUUCAACACUCAAUGGAUGUGUUUUUCAAGAUUUGAAAGAUUUGAAAGUCCUGAAUAUGGGAGAAAAUAGCAUUCAUUUACUUAUUGAUUUCUUCAAAGUGAAUUUACAGAAACUAGAAGUUUUGAAUUUGCACAUGAAUUCUUUGAAGCAGCUGAAAACAGGCGACUUUAGGAAUCUGUCUUCCCUCAGGUCUUUGAAUUUAGAAUCUGAGAAAUGUUACGUUGCCCAUAAAGGGGCUUUUGAAGGACUGACCAACCUUCACUCUCUUAGUGUUACACCAUUUUUUGCAGAUGUAUUGAGUUUUACAGGACUGGAAAACCUAGAAAUUCUCCAACUGCAUCUCAGAUCUUUGUUGAAAAGCGACGGUUCUCAUCAGAAAAAGUAUCCCCCUUUUUCCAAAUUACCUUCCUUGAAGAGCCUUCUGAUAGAAAACUCUGGAGGCUUUUAUCACAUCUCCCCAGAUUUGCUCAAGGAUCUAAAGUCUCUAGAGUACUUUGCAGCAGAGAACUUCUUCACAGAGCCCCCUCACCCAGACACAUUUAAAUACACUCCUCACCUGACGAGUCUUCAGAUAAUUCAAAGUGACCUGCAAAACUUAAACCCUGACUUGUUUCAGCCAAUCCCAAACCUGCAGGCUCUCGACCUUUCCCAGAACAAGCUCAGAUCUUUGGAUUUUCUGUCCCAGGUCAACCUGUCUUCACUCAGCCAGUUGUCACUGAGACAGAAUAAGUUGACAGUGAUCAAUGAGACCAUCCUCCAGUCUCUCCCUGCACUAACAUUCCUGGACCUGUUCGGUAACCCUUUAACUUGUAACUGCUCUAACGCCGGCUUUAUCCAGUGGGUGAAGAACAACAACCAAACUCAGGUUGUUAACGCCUACCAGUACCACUGUUCCUUUCCUUCCAUUCAACAGGGAACCAGGUUGCUGGACUUUGACAUCCAGUCCUGUUGGAUGGACGUCGGCUUCCUCUGCUUCAUUUGCAGCACUUGUCUGACUUUGCUAACUCUUCUCGCUGCCUUCGUCUUCCACUUUCUGAGGUGGCAGCUAGCCUACGCAUACUACCUCUUCCUGGCCUUCCUCUAUGAUAGCAGGAAGAAGAAGAAGAACAGAGCUCCUCACCAAUACGACGCCUUCAUCUCCUACAACGUUCACGACGAGGCCUGGGUUUACAGAGAGAUGCUUCCAGUGCUGGAAGGAGAGCAGGGCUGGAGGCUCUGUCUGCACCACAGAGACUUCCAACCAGGGAAGCCCAUCAUGGACAACAUCACAGACGCCAUCUAUGGCAGCAGGAAGACCGUCUGUGUGAUCAGCCAGCGCUACCUGCAGAGCGAGUGGUGCUCCAGAGAGAUCCAGAUGGCCAGCUUCCGCCUGUUUGACAAGCACAAGGACGUUCUGAUCCUGCUGUUUCUGGAGGAGAUCCCGGCCCAGCAGCUGUCUCCGUACUACCGCAUGAGGAAGCUGGUGAAGGGACGCACCUACCUGAGCUGGCCGCAGGCCGGCCAACACAAAGGAGUCUUCUGGCAGAACGUCAGCAGAGCUCUGGAGACCGGGGACGCUCCCACAGAGACCGCAGACCUCCUGACUGGACCGGCAGGAUGCUGAGUAUAUUACCGGACCACAGCAGAGAGUAUCUGCGGAGCUUCACAGGCUGGAUGAUCAGAACCAAACAGGAGCUAAAAGACAUGGAGCAGAACAUGAAUACAUUGUUUCUUGCUACAUUGCUUUUGUUCCCACUUUGGGGGCGAGUUCCUGAACCUAAAUUUGGGCUCUGAUCAGGAAGUGAUACUAAAUCAAAGUUCAGAUACUUUUGGGGAAUGAAAUACAACAGCUGGUGUUCAGCAUUGUAAUUAACAGUGCUGGAAAGCAAUUAAGAAGAUUUACUCAAGUACUGUUAAGCACAAUGAUGAGUAUUUAAAUUUUAUGCUAUUUUAAACUUCUACUUCUCUAAAAUUCUGAGGAAAAUACAUUUUACCCCAGUACAUUUAUCUGACCAAUUUAGUUAAAUGACCAUUCUGCCCAAUUUUUACUUUAGUGCUGCUGUUAAUAACUUGUAGUUUUACUUGAGUGAAAUGUGGAAUGUAGGACUUUUGCUUGUAGUAUUUUCACAGAGUGGUAUUUCCACUCUAGCCAUGAAUGGAUCCAGGACUUUCUUGCUUUUUUUACAGAUUUUGAAUCAAUGUCGAUAAGUUCAAAUGUUGAAAAAUGUUCAAAAUGUGAAUCAUUUCCUUGUGAGCUGGUUUGAAGUGUUUAAGUUUACGGUGUGUGUUGGAGGUGAAUCGCUGCAGUGUGAUGUUGAAGAGUAAGAGACGAUGUACCGCAUGUACAUAUAUACAUGUAGAAGAUGAAUUUCUGAUACUUUGAGUAUCAGCAAGUAAACACAGAAAUCACUUUUCAGGAAAAAAAGCAGAAUUUUCUUAAUCGCUCAGUUCUGACAAUUUUCAGUUGAAACGCUUUGAAAUAGAAAUCAAUGAAUCAAUGCAAACAAAUUUAACAAUGUUUUGAAAAGUUGAGAUAAAGUGAGUACCAUAAAA